UUCACGGGCUUCGUGGCCAGGUGUGCGCUAAACUUACAGUGAAAGGCCGGUGCCCACCUCCGCUGAGUACUGUUCACUGCCCGAAGGUUCGGCUUCAGCUCUCUAAUCAGGCAGUUGUUAGCAGGGCUUGGGUCCCCAUAUCUUUUGUUUCAUCCCCCCGUCCCCACGCCUGCCGUUCAGUUCGAUUCUCUCCAUCUAUUCUCAAGUGCUUGCUCGCUUGACUUUCUCUCCUUUGCCUCUGCCUCUGUCCUUCGACAAACUUGCAUUGCAUACGUCGGAAAAGGCCUGUAUCUUCAAUUCUUCUCGAAAAUACGAAGUAUCACGAUCCAUCGCUCUCUCGAUCGUGUUUGCUUCUCAGUGUGCAUUGAUUUAACUCUAUAUCUCUCUGCCUCUGCCAGAACCUCUUUAUCUUCCUUCAUUUACACUCUUACUCUUUUCUUGUAUCCCUUCGUCGCAGGAUCGAUCAAACAACCUCACGGAUACCGACCGAUACACCUAUUUUCGACGUUGAACGUUCCUUUACAACCAGCACAUUCUCACGUUGUCACUGCAAGGCUGGUCAACGUAAAUCACUGUCUUUCUCGAAGAACCGACACAUUCACAUCGAAUCACGCCAGACGUUGAUCUUCCGCUCCAGAAGUCGGAUCUCACACGGACACUUUAUCCACAAACUCAAAAGGACUGGACUCCUUGUCUCACUACGCAUUCAACGUCAACCGAAAUCACCUCACACCAACAUUCUUUGCUCCUUGUCUGGCAAUAGUUCCAAGCAAAACUUGCCUCAAAAAGUAAAUCGGUGUCAAGAGUCAGUGGCACGACCCUUUCGACGAUCCCUCUUAUCACAAGACGUUGUUGUUCACUAGCAGCAACUCCUCGUCACCCCACAAACUCACUUAGAACCCGGCCAAAAACCAACAAGCUUUUCGAGAAAAGACGUAACUCAGAAAAUCCAAAUUCCCAAAUCUUCAACCAUGUCGCUCUCACGCGCUUUCACAACUAGAAAGGCCAAAAUGGCUGGCCAGACCGAGAUGGGAGAGCAACAAGUUCAAGUGCCGCACCGUAGUAACUCGGCCCGCGAUAGACAGCAUCCUAUUCUACGACACCAGAUUUCUGCUCCACUUCAGCUUGUUCACACAACCAACAUGCUCUCCUAUAACGCUCCCGAUAUCCCGCAUGCUGCUCUCCGCAGCAAGUCGUCUCUGCGUUCCGUUGGCGAAGAAUCCGAGGCUCCUUCAACUACUGAGUCAACUCCACCUACGAGCCCGGAUGUAUCUCCUGUCGAAGAGUGCCCAGGUCCUAAGCCGAACCAUCUGUCAACCUAUUUCAGUGUCUCGGACAAGCCAGCUGUCCUGCCAAAGAUCUCCGAGGCUCCUGCGAUUCCUAAGCGUUCGCCUUCGCACACUAAGCAGAACUCCUACGAAGCGCUCGCCCGUCAACGAUCCACCUCGCAGAUGUCCAGGGACUCAGAGCACUCAGUAUCAACCAAGGCCAGCUUCACCUUUUCGCGAUCAUCGUCAACUUCUACUAGGGCGUCAUCAGCUUCAUAUGUCUCUGCAAGCCAGGCCCAAAAGGCUCCCCCAAUGCCUGUUCCAGCAGUCCCCGCAGUCGCUCCAGUCCCCCCGCCAUCUUUCCAGCAGCGAGCUCUCAAGGAUUCACACCCAUUUGGUCACGAGCUUGCACAAGUCACCGAGCUCGCCGAAGAGUACAGCACCAAGCCGACGACCAAGGAGGAUGAGGAGGACCACCGAUACAUGAAGUCCAGAGGUCUGAACAAGUUCUCCCCCGAGGAGUAUCUCAGCGACGUUCAGAGCCUCAUCCUCAGCUUCUUCCCUGAGGUGUCACACGCCAAGCCUACGACACCACAGUGGAUUUGAUCCAAAGGCGCACUCUACACCGGCACUCCGGUUUCUUGAUUCGGCAGUAUAUAUUUAAUAGACAUCUUACGACCAUGAGAAGGGGGUCCUCAGUUGGACAAUGGCAGACAUGACUAAAAAGGUACAUAGUUACUGGUUGCUCUACGAAGCGGCAUCUAUUCACUCGUUGAAGAUUUUUCUCUUUGAUCACGUCUCUUUUGGUUUGGUUUGGGUUACUUUGGAUGAAAGGACCGUGUCUGAUGCUCACAUGCUCAAGAGUGUUUGACCGGACACAGGUUCCAAUGGGGCGUUUGAUAGGACCAGGGUGGAAUAAGGACUGGAUGGAUGAAUGGAUGGAUGGAUACCUUUUUUCUUUUGCUGGAUGAUUCUGUUUCAUGAUGUUGUAUCUAGAUGGAUACUUGGUCAUGCUACCUACCUACACACUCGCCAUAAACGGCAAUUUUUCCUUUUCAUACUCCGAUUUCCGUUUCGAGAGGGAUGAUCUUGGUGCUACUGAUUUGAGUUAAGUUGAAACUGCUGAUCUUCAACCGUUGCAACAGUCUGAAUGUUAAAAUACAUGUGCAGCAGAAUGAGACAUUGUGAAACUUCUCAUCAAUUAGCAACGAGCAUUUUCAUGCGGUGCUCGUUGCUUUUUUGACUUUUGCUUGGACUGUCUCCCUUGGACCCCGGCAAUUGUACAAGGUACAAGGGCCGCUGCAGGAUCGGAAACACGCCUUACUCUAACUCAAACGGCAAUUUGGUAUUAUUAGAGUAGGAGCUCAAAAGACUGCGUAAGGAUAUCCAAGUUUGGGCAAUGAUUUGACGUAGCCCUUGGUGUUGACUUUUCUAUCUUUUUCUUUCUUCUUUCAUGUGUGCCCGUUGAGGUUUUGAGUUUUGGGCAGCUUCUCAUUGUUGUGGCGUCUGCGUUUUUCUAUGUGACGCGUCUGGCUUUUGAACUUUCUUUGUUGAGGGUGUGAGAGAUAAAC